UCCCAAACAAAACCGCCAUGGCUACUCAAGAACUUACUCCUCCUCCCUUGUCUCUUCCUCAGUACCCUGAGUUAAUCGUUGCUGCGAUCGAGGUUAUAGACAAGAAGAACGGAGCUAACAAAUCGGCGAUUUCGAAGCACAUCGAAGCCACCUACGGCAACCUCCCGGCGGCGCACUCAACUCUCCUCACCCACCACCUCCACAAAAUGAAAGCCGCCGGUCAACUCAUCAUGGUUAAGAACAACUACAUUAAGCCCGAAGCAGACGCCUCCCUCCGCCGAGGCCGAGGCCGGCCGCCGAAAGCCAAGGAACCUCUUCCGCCAGAUACCGUCCUUUCUCCGGUGAAACCCAGAGGUCGUCCACCAAAACCGAGAGACCCUCUUGCUCCGAUGGCAGUUACUCCGUCCGUAAGCGGUCGGAAACGUGGACGUCCACCGAAGCUAGGGAGCUCAACUGUGAAGGCUACACCUUCGGCGAGUGGUCAGCGAGCGGGAAGAGGUCGUCCACCUAAGGUGAAAACACUGGUAGCUGCUCCGGUUGGGGCUUGAUUGAAAUACACAAUUAAUUUUAGGGGAUUUUAGUGCUAAUUGUUCUUUUGAUUUUUGAAUUAUUUAUUAUUAUUAUUAUUAUUAUUAUUAUUAUUAUUAUUUUGUGUGUGUGAAUGGUAGUGACAGUAACUGGUUGUGUAAAUUGUUUAGGGGUAACUGUUUUAAGGAUUUACAAGCUAUUAUUAUAUGUAAUGUUUUGAGAUGUUUAGAUUAAAAUUGAAGUUGGUGUAAAUUACUAACAUGUUUGUUUGGC